GCAUCCCAAAAGGACUCGAUUUGCUACCCUACGAGGCACACAUCUACAAAGUUGGAUAUUGCUGUUGUUCUGCCAUAUCGCUGCAUCUUCAAACAAAGCUUGGGAUAUUUCUACAAUUACCAACGAGCGCUCGGCGCGUCGAUGUUUUGCUGCUAGCAAAUCCAUUGCGCCGUAUGAGCGCACAUCCUCUCGAGAAUGCCCGAACCACAGAGACUUCCGACUAGGUUCCCGGUCUGGUGCAGAGCAGUAUUUUCAUAUACAGCAGAGACGAAACGCGAUUUAGGCUUCAUCGAGGGGGAUCUAAUAGAAUGUCUGAACGCGGGGGAUGGAUCGUGGUGGAUGGGGAGGUUAUUUCGAGACAAACGAAUGCUGGGACAUUUCCCUUCGAACUUUGUCGAAGUCCUGCCAGACAACUUUCGCCCAACAGUCAGAGCUUCAAGUCCAAUGCCAGAACGUUCGCCCAGUACGAGCCCUUUUAACAACCCUACUGCCGCAAAACCCAAGACGAAGAGUGCUCGAAAACCCUUUCAGUCCUAUGCGCAGCCAGAUACGGCCGCUAUCAAGAGAGCUGAGGCGCAAAAGAGGGAGGUAGAAAGACAGGCAGAGAUGGAGGCACAGGCAAGAUCUCGAGGGCCUUCUCCAAAUCCGAUGAGCGUCCAUGACAACAUUUCGAAUGUCCCUCCGCCACAUACUCGAGGCGGAUAUGGAUCUCGAGCACCAUCUCCAGCUCCGCCAAUGCAGAAUGGUUAUAACUAUCGUGCGCCUUCUCCUGCUCCCCCAAUGCACCAUGGUUAUGGAUCUCGAGCGCCUUCUCCUGCUCCGCCAAUGCACAAUGGAUAUGGCAUAAGUAGAGGUCCCUCACCAGCUCCUCCCAUGAAUCAUGGCUAUGGUUCCCGUGCACCUUCACCAGCUCCAUCGUUCGGAUACCGACCCCAUUCCCGUGCAGCUUCACCAAAUCCGCAAUUCGACAUUGGCUCGUCACCGCCCCCUCCACCUCCACCCCACCGAACUGCAUAUACACCGCAUGGAUCCACCAAUUCCUUCGACCAACGACCGAAUGGAAUUCAUACUCCACGAGUGGGCUCUCCAAGUCCACCAUCACCAAGAGAAUCAGGACUGACUCCAUCGCCGCUCCGAAGUGCCAUGGACGAUGUAAUGUCAUCCCUUGCUGAUAUGGGCAUGUCUCGAGAUACCCAGUCUCCAGACCUUCCCUUAGACCCCUGGUCACCCGAAGCAUUUGAUCAGACUUACAUUAAGGCUCGGAGAACUGCUCCAUUAAGACCUAAUACGGCUAUGGGCAUUGGGGGAUCUACUGCUUAUGAUGAUGGCGACGAACUCUUCAUGGGAUCUUCAAACUCUCGUCAUGGUGCCGAUAAACCUCCACCACAACUCAGCAACUAUGUGCAGAGAAUGGAGAAUCGGUUAAACAAGAUGCACACAAGUAGCCCUCGGCCAGUAGAAGACGACGAUGUACGACCACAUGUACCGCCGAAAAUGAAUCAAUAUGCACGCCCAAAAUCUUCCAUGUCUGGUAGCGUGGCGUCAAGUCAGCAGCCAAAGUUACGCCACCGGAAAUCUGCUUAUGACGUUGGUCGAUCAAUGCUUGAGCGGACUUUCACAACAAAGACCAAUUCUACUUCAGCAUCAUCUGGUAACCGCAGCACAACAACAAACGGAAGCUCGAGUACGAAUGCCACGGACCGAAGUUUAAUGAGUGGUACUUCAGCUGGUGGAUUUUCGGCGACUAGUGCAGGAAGUUUAGCGAGGAAAAAGGAGACAGGUCGAGCUCGGGCUCACAGUGCUUUCGGGUCAAGGAAAGAUAAGUUUAUGGGUAUGAAUGGCAGCCAGGUUGAUUUUGGAAGUCGGCCAGAAACCCCUGUUACCGGUAUUUCUUACCAUAGCAGUCAUGCAUCUGGGCCACCCAGAGCUCAGUCACAGGCUGGGUGGCAUGGUUCGGUCGCAGAUUCAGACAGCAUGCUUGGUGGCCUGGUUGCCCCGAAGCCUAAGAAAAGCGGCUUCUUUAAAAAGAUCAUCGAGUCUGCAAAGACGGGAGCAGCCAGUGCCAGGAGUAGUAUCGCUGUCGGAGAAUCCCCAAGACCACAAGUACCGAGCAAAAUGUCGAACGGGAUCUCAUCUAUCUCAGGAGGAUAUAACAACCAACACAGCCGUCACAAUAGCACUGCAGCCAGCGAGAUGGGCUUGGGCGGUGGGAACUCUGGCAUUGAUUGGGUGCAAGUAAGACGGGAUGUCAACCGGUCAAAUUCACUCAGUCGUAUUGAGCGCGUUGAGAGGAAAGAACGAUGUCAGAUGAUGGACCAUCCCGCAAUUAGUCCUGUUGAGGAGCUUUUUGAGCAGUGCGAUGGCGACGAAGGCGCGGACGGUAAUCCGGUUGAUGAGCCAACAAACUUCCAGGCUGUCAAUCUUACCUUGGUUGACAAGAACUCAAGAUUCAUCAAUAGCCUUCCGCCAAUGACCAACCCUGUCAGCUUAGCGACUGGCUUCGUUUGUCGGCCGUAUCGGAGCGAUGUUCAACGUUUACGCGCGAUAUUUACUUGGGUCAGCGAGAAAAUCACCUGGGAAGAAGACUUUGAGAGCGUGCCGGAUUCAAGGAGGGUCAUACAGACAAAACGUGGAUGCGCAGAAGAAGUUGCUAUUCUCGUUAUGGAAAUGUGCGCUGCAGUCGGUAUUCAUGCUGAGGUUAUCAGAGGCUACCUGAAAACGCCAGGAGAAGUUCCUGAGCUAGCCAUUAUGCCCCGCUCCAACCAUUGGUGGAAUGCUGUGAUCGUGGAUGGAGAAUGGAGGAUCAUGGAUUGUUCCCUUGCGGCUCCUUCUCAUCCUCGCCGAGGGCUCUACUCCAGUGGUAGCGGCCAGAUGGCAGAGAGUUGGUGGUUCUUAACAAGACCUUCCGAGAUCUGCUGGACUCAUAUACCAGAGCAACAUCAACAACAGCAUCUUUGCCCGCCGAUGGCCUUCGAAAUAUUAUUGGCAUUACCUUGUGCAUGUCCACCAUAUUUCAAGAAUGCUCUCGAAAUGUCUGAAUAUGACACAAGUCUCGUCCGCAUGGAGGAUCUUGAGCAGGUCCAUGUCAGGUUCACGGUUCCAGCCGAUGUUGAAUGCGUGGCAGAGGUUGAAGCAAGAGCAUUUGAGCGAGAUGCUGAUGGUGACUUCUUCGAAAGCGGAGAUGUUGUGAAGAAGCGAGCUUUAUCUCAAGCAGAAUGGAUCGGCGGACAGAAGCGAUACACCGUCAAGGGCUUGCUCCCUGGAGACGAAGGACAAGGAAUUCUAAAGGUAUACGCCGGAAAACGAGGCUUGAUGCAUUCAAUUAAGGAUAUUCCUCAUCCACUUGCAUUCGCACUUCCAAUCAUUCAUACUGGCGACAAUCCGCCUUACGAAUUCGUUACACGCCAUCCAACUCCACAUGCGCAACGGCACGAUCUCUACGUCGCACAGCCGCAGUGUCAGCGGCUUGCUUUGAACAAUACCUUUGUGUUUGCCAUUCGCCAGCAUCCGUCUUCGUUGGGUGCGGCAUCGCCAAACCCUGGAGGAACUUCCCCCAUCCCGUUCAUUCGCCCUAGCUCUGCGAUGUCACUGAAUAGUUCAUCUGCGUCAGGUUCUAAUCCAAGCACCACCAGCGCUUUCGGCUCCAAGAAACCCGCAAAAUUGGCGAUUCAAGCACCAGGUGGUAAAGUCUUGCGACUCAUGAGGAAGGAAGAGAAAUGCCAGAGUACAAGCCUAGCAAUGGAGAAAGGAGAUGGAGGCACAUGGGAGACGAUCAUUAAAGUCGGAGAGAAGGGUGUGUGGCGAGGCCUUGUCCUAGCAGAUAGAAGUGCCAGGUGGUGCGUAUUUGCUGAGUGGACUUGUGUUUGAGAGGCUUCAAGCACGAGAAAUACAGCUACACUCAUGAACAUCAGCAUUGCUGCUAAAAAGAGCAAUUCCGAUACGAGAGGCGGUGCAUUUGAUUGGCGUUUAUCCUAUGGAACUGGUUGGUGGGUGGUUGAUGGACCGGAGCAUGUUCUGAAAUGUGUCACGGGACUCAUGUACAAUAAAAGCAUUUGUAUUGGCGUUCUUUCCGAUAAUUGGCUGUCAGGGAUGUUGGAAGGCAAGAAUGGACAGCAUGUAGGAGUAGGAUAGUGGGUGAGGCGUUUAUGCCUUGAUGUGAUGCUGGAAUGAUGAUUCUGAUUACUUCCGGUUCUGGCCGCUGUACGAACUGCCUUUUUUGCCAUGAUCUUGAAAUGCGAUGAGCUGCUCAGGGAGGGUUCUUUUGUAUGAUCCGCGCAUUGAAAGCUUGAACCCCGCGAGCAAGCGGUGUUGAUA